ACAGGCUGCUAUCAGAACAUAGCAGCACUCACAGGGCUGAGCAUCCAGUGCCAAGCAGAGCUAGCCUCGGAGCUGAAAUGCUGUGCAGUACCAAGAGUUUGCUGCUAGCUGCUUUGGUGUCAGUCCUGCUACUGCACCUUUGCAGCAGGUCAGAAGCAAGCAACUUCGACUGCUGCCUCCGAUAUACAGAACAUGUCCUUCAUCCCAAGUUUAUCAUGGGCUUCACCCAGCAGCUGGCCAAUGAAGCUUGUGACAUCAAUGCGAUCAUCUUUUACACCAAGAAAAGACUGGCUGUGUGUGCAGAUCCAAAGAAGAUCUGGGUGAAGAAAGCUGUGCAUAUCCUCAGCCAAAGAGUCAAGAAGAUGUAAUAACAAUGUUGUCUGGAAUGGAAUUGGACACAGCCCAGGAAUAAAAGGAACUUCACUGAAGCUGUUGGCUUCACUUGCACAUCACGGAGGAUUCAGCACUUUUCUGAUUUGUGCCUCAUGGGGCUUGUCCAAUUAAUUAAGUUGAUUCAUAUUGCAUCAUAGUUUGCUUUGUUAAGCAUCACUUUAGAGUCAAGCUCUAUUUUAUGUUAAGUUAUUUAUAUAUGUCAUUUUUUUGUGUUUUUCUAUUUAAAACAUAUUUCCCAUAAGGUAUGUGGUUUAGUAUAAGGUAUAAAAUUAUGUUUGGAGGAAUGUGAUUCUAUGGACUUUCUUGUAAGCAGCAAGCUAUGUUUAAAACUAUGUAACAGUCUUCCGUUUACAUGAUUUUCAUUCCUAAAUUGUUAUAAUUAAUCUGUAAAAGAGAAAUAUAAGAAUAAAUAUAGAAAAUAAACAACUAAAAUUUU